CCUCGACCUUACCACCACCAUGCCUAACCCUCGCCUGCAAACUCCUCCUAAUAUCUCCAUACUACACCUAGCAUCUCCAGGCUGAGCAGCCUCCACAAUGCCGCUCGAAAAUAUCAAGAACAUCGUGCUAGUCCUCUCGGGCAAAGGCGGGGUAGGCAAAUCCAGCAUCACCACUCAGCUCGCCCUCACGCUCUCGCUGCAAGGCCACACCGUCGGCGUCCUCGAUAUCGAUCUCACGGGCCCCUCGAUACCGCGCUUUUUCGGCAUUGAAGAGAGAAAGGUCAGACAGGCGCCAGGCGGGUGGAUACCCGUGCCCGUGCACGAGACGCAGACGCUGCCGACAUCACACCCCACGAAUGGCAAUGGACACGGACAAGGGGCGCAGAAAGAGAUCGGGGCGCUCUCGUGCAUGUCACUAGGUUUUAUACUGGCGAACAGGAGCGAUGCAGUGAUAUGGCGCGGACCGAAGAAGACGGCGAUGGUGCGACAGUUUCUUACGGAUGUCCUAUGGCCGCCGCUCGACUUCCUGCUCAUCGAUACGCCGCCGGGAACUUCGGACGAACAUAUCUCCCUGCUCGAGAACCUGCUCAAGCAGACCGCGGAACCGACAUCCCCGCCGAACCAGCUCGCCGGCGCCGUCGUCGUCACCACGCCGCAAGCUAUCUCGAUAUCCGACGUCAAGAAGGAACUGAACUUCUGUAGGAAGACCGGGAUAAGGGUGCUCGGCGUGGUGGAGAAUAUGGCGGGCUUCGUGUGCCCGAAUUGCAGCGAGUGCACCAACGUGUUCAGCAAAGGGGGAGGAGAGAUCAUGGCGAGGGAUUUUGGGGUCCCGUUUUUGGGCAGCGUGCCGAUUGAUCCGGCGUUUGUGAUGUUGAUUGAGGAGGGCAUGAGGCCGGUAUAUCCGAAGGGCACCACGGUGGAUGGGAAGACGAUGAGUGUGAGGGAUGAGGGGACGGGGCUGGCGAACGGGGAGGGGGCGAAGGAAGAAGGGUUAUUAGUGGAUAAGUAUCGGGAUUGCUCGCUGGCUCCGCUGUUUGAUGGGAUAGUGGGGAGGCUGGUGGAGGAUAUUAAGAGUAGGAAUGGAGGGAGGUAGGGAGGUGGAUCGGGUGGGACUGGUGGAGGAAGAUACCACGAUGCAAUGAAGUUAAGAAGGUGGAUUGAGAUGACGUUGCGACCGCCUCACUCGACUUCGCCAUCUCGCUCUCUAUCACCU